CGCUCCUGCCUCCUCGACGUUUCAUCGCGCGUGACAGCGGGUACCUCUCACGUGUUUUCUGUGUAUAAAAGGGUCCCUGUCUCCGCUCAUCAUGUCUAGCAGCUCACCGGACAAACGCAGAAAGAUGGAGUCGGCCCUCGCCCAGCUGAAGAAGCUCACCGUGGUGGUGGCGGACACGGGAGACUUUAACGCUAUUGAUGAGUAUAAACCUCAGGAUGCAACCACUAAUCCAUCUCUGAUCCUGGCUGCUGCCAAGAUGCCAGCCUACCAGCACCUUGUGGAUCAGGCCAUUAAAUAUGGCAUUGCUAAAGGAGGAACGGAAGAGGAGCAGGUAGCCAACACCAUGGACAAGCUGUUUGUGAGUUUUGGGCUAGAGAUCCUGAAGAAGGUCCCAGGCAGAGUCUCUACAGAGGUGGAUGCCAGGUUGUCUUUCGAUAAAGAGGAGAUGCUGGCAAAAGCUUUGAAGCUCAUUGCUCUAUAUGAAGAGGCGGGUAUCAGCAAGGAGCGCGUGCUCAUCAAGCUGUCUUCAACAUGGGAGGGAAUCCAGGCUGGCAAGGAGCUUGAGGAGAAGCACGGCGUUCACUGCAACAUGACGCUGCUGUUCUCCUUCGCUCAGGCGGUGGCCUGCGCCGAAGCAAAGGUGACGCUCAUCUCGCCCUUCGUUGGACGCAUCCUGGACUGGUACAAGGAGAAUACGGAUCGCAAAAGCUUUGAGCCACACGAAGACCCAGGUGUGGUUAGUGUGACCAAGAUUUACAACUACUACAAGAAGUUUGGCUACAGCACUGUUGUGAUGGGGGCGUCCUUCAGAAACACGGGGGAAGUGAAGGCCCUGGCUGGCUGUGACCUGCUGACCAUCUCCCCUGGACUGCUGGCAGAACUGAGCCAGGAUCACAGCGCCGUCACUGCCAUGCUCAGUGCAGAAAAAUCCAAGGCGUGCGAUCUGGAGAAGAUCCACCUGGAUGAGAAGGCUUUCCGCUGGCAGCACAACGAGGACCGGAUGGCUGUGGAGAAAUUGUCCGACGGCAUCCGCAAGUUUGCUGCAGAUGCCGUCAAGCUGGAGGCAAUGAUUAAAGAGAAAAUGCUCAGCGUGAAAAACGGCCAGUAAUGGAUGGAUCUGGUGUCCCCAGCUGCAGUCGAUGAUCAAAGUCCGAAGAGGGUGCCCUCCUCGUCCGCCGAUGCCCAGGAGACGUUCCAGGUGCCGGAGGAGCCUCCUCUGCCUUCUGCUCCAACUCCAGGGACCAAUCUCCUUAAUAAACACCGCUCCUCUCUGAGGGUGGGCCGGUUUUUCUGACCAAAUAGAAUAAUUCUUCAGUGGGUGUUUAAUGGAAAAAUGGUUUAUUUAAUUUGAAAAAAAGUAAUUUAAUUUGAAGAACAAAUUUCUUAGGUUUGGAUCAUUUCAUUACUUGAAAGGACUAUAUAACCAUUUUUGGUAGUAUAAGAACACAAUGUUGUUGUUUUUUUAUCAACUCAGAUAUUUGCUCUAAACUAUGUCUUUAAAAGCUCAUCGUUCCUUUAUGUCUGCAAACAAUAAAGUUCACUUUGGAUGAAAA